AUGGGAUUUUUGUAUUAUUUGCUUAAGGAUGUCAGCGAGAAACAGCCUUACAGUGUGGGUAAAAAUAUAUUAAUUAACAACAUUUUAACGCUUAUUAACAAUCAUCUUUGCUCAGGGCACGAGGGCUUUAAAGAGCUUUUCCGCGUGUUGCCUGCUCGCAUCGCGGCGUAUAACAGGGACGUGAGAGAGUCUAAUAAUAGAGUUAGAACCAUCAUAACUACAAUGCAGAGCAAUAUGCAGAAGCUGGAAACAGAGGUUAGUAAAAUAACUAUAGUUAAUGCUGUUGCAGGAAAAUCAAGGGAAGUUGCGCAAGCGGAAUGGUUAGUCAAGCAGAGGUUGGCAGACUGCUGGAAAUAUGCUGAGAGCUUCACAAAUGAUUUAGAUAUUAACACAAAUUCCAUUGAUAAUAGAAACGCGAUUAAUGAUCUUAAUAGUAGCUUACGUGAAAAGAUCGAAAAUGUACGUGUGACGAUAGAGCAUGAGACUAAGCGUCUCACUGAGCUGUCUAAGAAGGAACGUGAGGAGUUAACGGCGACGAAAGAUUUUUUAUAUGCAGAGAUAGAUGAGCUUAAGAAGCGUUUACAUACGACAAUUGAUAAGCAUAUAAAGGAUCUUGUGGAGCAAUUGAAAAAAUCAGUGAGAGAGAUUCUCGGUCAGCUGGAGAGCCUUGGCACUAGGUUUCGGGACCAUAUCGAAUCAUUACGCAAAUGGAUGGAGCAGGCGGAGAAUCUAAUAGAUGAUGCCGAAAAAAAUGUUGAUCUGGUUUCGGGACAUGUUAAUGGCACUUCAAGCACGUAUUCCAGUCAGCAUAAAGCGGCAAUGGAGCAGUUUGAGAGAGAAGCUAUUCAAGUUUUUGAGGCUGCAAGCAUGGCAAAGAGUGAAGUGGAGAAGUUGGUGCAGGAGGCUACAAAGUUGGUAGGGCAAUUGGAUCUCGCGAUUAGAGGGGAUUUAUAUGAUAUGAAAGGGAGAGUGGAUGCUGCCAUUAGAGAAUGCCUUGACAAUAUUAAUAGUGCGUUGAAGGCGGGUAUUAAUGCUGCUAAAGGCUAUGAGUGGGUUCAGAAUGCUGGUCCGGCCGUUGAGGCUAUGGAGAAGGCAGUCAUAGGUGAAUUGAAUGGUAAGUUAGGAACGAUUGGAGAGCCUGUUGCGAAAGUGCUUGCUCAGGCAAAAAAAAGUGGCAAAGAUGAACUUGGCAAGCAUCUGGAGUGGUUGUUAAAUGAUCUUAAUAGAGUAGUUGGCCAUAAUACAGUAGAAUCUACAGAUUUCAUCAAAUACCUGGCCGCAUACUUUCAGACUCCUCUCGAUAAGGAGUUGCCGCAGGAUAGGCUCAACGAUGGUAAAGUAACCAUUGAUCCCAAGAAGUUUCCUUUUUAUUCGGGCACUGACAACGGCAAGAAACAAGCUCUUGAAGCGGCGAUAAGCAAAAUUAAAAACGAUGGCGUAGCUGCGCUACAAAUAAUUGAUGCGAGUGGCGGUUCCGGUCGAAUCACCAGGGACACCUUUGAAACACACGCCAAUCUAGUCACGCACCACCUCAAUGAACUCUACGGCGCCAUUAAACAAGCUGCUGAAUACAGCAAGCAGAAUUUAAGAAAAUUGAAAGACGAACGCUUUAAACAAUAUUCUAAUGGAGCUAGGGAUGCAAAUGACAGCAUCAGGAAAAUCUUUACUGAACUUGGCGAUCUGCACAGCGAACUUGUAGCUAAGCCCAUAAACAAGGUCAAGGAGUUUCUCCAAAAAGGAGCCAAACAAGCCGAAGAUUACUACGCUAGAUAUUUAAAACAAGAGUCGGAUAAAGAAGUCGAAAAAUUCAAAAACCUUAUAUACAUUCACGCCCAGAUGCAGUACGGUGCCUCAGUGAAGAGCUUGUUGCAGGCGUUCUGCGAGAAAUCCAUAGACGAGUUAUACGGUUUGCCUGAAUCGAUUACCUUGGACCUCGAUAGCGGCUUCAAGGGUUUUAUGAAGCAAAUGGAAACGGAGUUCAUCGACAAGGUUAAAGAAGUAAAGCAGAUUGACGUCUCCGAUUCUACGCAACAAAGCCCACUGGGUCAAGCUGCACAUUAUAUUCAUAGAGCAUUUGGCUACUUUUUUCACGGUUUAAAAACUCAGACAAACUUCAUGCCCAACUACGAGUUUAUAAAGCCGUCUAGGAAUGCUUUAGCUGAAUUGCUACAUGGACUUACAAAUUCCAAGCAUUACGAUCCUACGUUUAGAAACAAUUUGCAAACAUUCGAUACGCUGCUUCAUGCGUUUUCACCUAUGAUGUUAGAGGGCCCCCCUCAUCCGCAGUUACUUGACAUUCUUAAGACAGGUAUGGAGGCUUUGGCAUUUGAGUUACAUAAGGCAUAUGUCAACGUAUACGAGGGAACAAACUUCGUCACAGAUUGGGUGCAUGUUAUAGAAAACCGUCAAAAACCGCAGUCUGGUGUUGCCCCUACUGACUCACCAAAACACAUGUUAACGGCAGACGGUAGGGAUUGCGCCAAGGUGUUUAUGACUCUGCUGGAGAUACUCGGUCAUGACCUCAGUGAAUUCUAUAAUAAUUGUAACAUGACAGAUGGAACUUGGAGAGACAGGAAAAUAAGUGAAACAUACAAAAGUGGUAUAAACGCAUUUGGACAGUUCCUAGAGUAUUGCGGCUACACCAUCCCCAAGGGUGAAGGAUCCAAACAGGACGGGGAGUUAAGAUGUUCUUCCGAUAUGAAGGGUGAAAAAAUUUAUGAGCGAUUGGUCACUCGAAUUCCUAUCGUAGCAGCUAAUUCACAUUUCAAAACAUGUUCAUUGCACAAUGAUGAAGCAACGAAAUUCAGCAUGAUGGGCCUUCUCUCGUGUAUUACUGGUCACCUCAAGGAGUACUACCAAGUCUGCCAUUAUGCCACAUCGGACGCAAAGGGACAGCCACGUUCCGUUUACGAAAUGCUCCAAUGGCUAAGUGGACUUCCAAAUAACGCCGUGCACCAAAAAUUAUCGUUUGACUAUUUUGCCGAAUUAUUCGACAAGCCGAAGACGGAAGAGAACGGAGGCAACGCAGAUGGAGACGUCACGUUUGAAAACCUCGAAGACCGACACUUGGACGCAUACCCUGAGAGGAUAACAGUUGGCAACCUCACUACUACGCUUACAGACAUAUGCGCUCAAUCUCACUCAGUGCUCACAACUAUCCUCGGUCACGGGCAAGCUGCCGGCCGAUAUGCCUGUGAUUUCAACACUAACGAAGCCAAGUUGUCAUAUCCUAGUAAUACUGCCGCGUGCUUCGACAUGCUAGUGGACAUUGUGUAUCGCUUGUAUGACCAACUGUAUUUCUUAUUCAUUCAGUGUGAACGCACUUCGGACACUAACAGUUGGCGUGAUUGCUGGUACGGCAGAUACGUCGGCGGGUCAUCAUGGGAGUGCAACACAUGGCAAUGUCACAACCUAGAGUGCAACCAAAAGGCUAACCAAAUUGCCAACCAAAGUGAUGACCAAAACGCUAACCAACAGUGCGACCAACACCCUAAGUGCGGCCUUAAGUCUCCUUUGCAAUCGUUCCUGGAGGACGGCCUACCCGGCUUCUUGCCUCACCAAUUUACAAAACCAGGUUGUAAACUAGAGUGCACCGUAUCAAAACACCGUGGCGUUCCAUGCAAAACUCCGAUGGGAUUUGCUGAUAUCAGCAUUGCAGCAUCGCAUACCAAAACAGGUGCAGAAAUCUCUGCCGAGCUUCGUGAUUUCUGUGGCGGUGCGGAAACACCGCUGGGCAAAAUGUGUAGUUACUUCAUCUGCAUAUUGCAAAGGACUCCUCAGACGCUUGGAGAUAUGUUCGCGUUCUACUACAAUUUCAUCGUUGGUUGGGAUCAAUCCGGCACAAAGCACAGAAGUUAUGCGUUCAAUAACGCCGUCACCAAAGCGUACUUUGGCCAACAAUAUUCCGGAUUGGACGUUAAGUCACUACUCAAUGUUGAACCCUCGUCGAAGCACGAUAAGGGCAAUUUGAUGUGCCUCGUCGAUUGCAAUAAUACGGCCCAGGGACGAGUUACUUGCGGCCGGUACCUUCAAUCUUUCGGCUUCAACACAUGGAGAAUGUUUGCAGACAAGCAUGCUGGUAAUUAUCUUUCGUGGAUUGUAUACCUCACCGAAACAUUUUAUCAGCUGCUAAAAGGCUUGUACGAUGAAUGCUGCAAUAACUGCAAUAAACCUGGAACCAGGUGUCACGGAAAAAUAUGCCCCGACGCCUGCACAGUGAAAGCCGCGUACAAAGCAGAGGAUCCGCAAAAAUCGCUGAACGGUCAAUAUCACAUCAAAGACUGCAAAUCCAUAGCCACAUGUCCAUUCACACGACCGACAUUGUACAAGCAUGGAUUCACAUUAAAGAGUUUGUCCAAUCUUAGUGGCAUCAAUGGCGACAACACGAAACGUACAUGCCAAGAUUUCUGUAAUGAAUUAAAAAUUAUUGUCGAUGAAAAAUCGGUACUACUCCAAAUGUUCUACAAAAUUGAUGAUUUCCUGCUUGCCAUCCGUUUCCCCUUCAUGACCUUAACCCUCGCCCUCUGGCUCCUCUCUCUCCUCUACCUCAUCCACAUCAUGGUCACCCGCCUCGACCUGCUCCACAUCAAAUCUCACUUACACUCACCCUCAAGUCAUAGGAUUGCUGCUCAAUCACUACUCGCCGAAGCACGCGUUAGCAAGCUUAACAGGGUGUUUUACCUGCAACCAUAA